GCCACAAAAAACCCAACAGAACAACCAUCCAGUUCCCUCCACUGCUCUUGGGGGAGUGUUUACUGCAGCUCACUGACUGACCGACCCCUCUCGCUCUCGGUCUCCAUCCAAUCUCUUAAAUAGAGCAAAAGCUGUUCUUAGAAGGAGAAAUGCUGCACUAAAACCACUCAUUUCUCCUGCGUUCUAAGCAACUCACACCGAGAAACAAUGUAUAGAGCACUUGGCUUACGGCGAUCAGUACAAACCUUACUACAACAACACUCCUCCAAUCCCUCUUCGAUCCCUCAUUUCCAAGCUCUGAAAACCCUAACUGCACUCCCUCAAGACCCUUUUAAUCCUAAUCCUAACACUAGGUUCAUCCGUUCAUUCUCUUCUUCCCCAUCCUCCUCUUCUUCCGAUGCCGAAAUUCGCAAGUACUUGGGAUACUUUGCUCUUCUCCUGGGCUGUGGCAUCGCCACUUACUAUUCCUUCCCUUUCCCUGAAGAUGCUAAGCACAAGAAAGCUCACCUCUUCCGAUACGCUCCACUGCCGGAAGAUCUCCACACGGUUUCGAAUUGGAGCGGGACCCAUGAAGUCCAGACAAGGGUUUUUCUGCAACCCGAGAGUCUGGAGGAAUUGGAGAAGAUUGUGAAGGAGGCGAACGAGAAGAGGCAGAAGAUUCGGCCUGUUGGAUCGGGGUUGUCGCCGAAUGGAAUUGGGUUGCAGAGAGCUGGAAUGGUGAAUUUGGCAUUGAUGGAUAAGGUUUUGGAGGUGGAUAAGGAGAAGAAAACGGUUAGAGUUCAGGCGGGUGUUAGAGUGCAACAGCUUGUUGAUGGGAUCAAGGAGUAUGGGCUUACAUUGCAAAAUUUUGCGUCUAUCAGGGAACAACAGAUUGGUGGAAUUGUUCAGGUGGGUGCACAUGGUACUGGUGCAAGAUUGCCUCCCAUUGAUGAGCAGGUCAUCAGCAUGAAACUGGUUACGCCUGCCAAGGGAACAAUAGAUAUUUCAAAAGAGAAAGAUCCAGAACUGUUUUAUCUAGCUCGCUGUGGUCUUGGAGGGCUUGGAGUGGUUGCUGAAGUCACCCUCCAAUGUGUUGAAAGACAUGAGCUUGUGGAGCACACAUUUGUUUCAAAUAUCAAUGAGAUCAAGAAAAAUCACAAGAAAUGGUUGUCUGAAAAUAAGCAUGUGAAAUACUUGUAUAUUCCAUACACAGACACAGUUGUGGUUGUAAGAUGCAAUCCUAUUUCAAAGUGGAAAGGCCCACCUAAGUUCAAACCCAAGUAUGGGAAAGAUGAAGCUAUCCAGCAUGUUCGUGACUUAUACUGGGAGUCUCUCAAGAAGUAUAGAGUUGAAGAAACUACAGCUAAAUCUCCAGAAAACGACGAACCAGACAUUGAUGAGAUGUCAUUUACAGAGCUCAGGGAUAAACUUCUUGCACUUGAUCCUCUCAAUAAGGACCAUGUAAUCAAAGUCAAUCAAGCAGAGGCUGAAUUCUGGAGGAAGUCUGAGGGUUACAGAGUGGGUUGGAGUGAUGAGAUUCUGGGCUUUGAUUGUGGUGGCCAGCAGUGGGUUUCAGAGACAUGUUUCCCUGCAGGAACCUUAGCAAAACCAAACAUGAAAGACAUAGAAUACAUAGAAGAGUUGAAGAAGCUAAUACAGAAUGAAGGGAUACCAGCACCUGCUCCUAUAGAGCAGAGAUGGACGGUUUGCAGCAGAAGCCCCAUGAGUCCAGCUUUCAGUUCUGCAGAAGAUGAUAUAUUUUCAUGGGUAGGCAUAAUAAUGUAUCUUCCUACAAUGGAUGCUCGCCAGAGGAAGGAAAUCACGGAGGAAUUCUUCAACUACAGACAUCUAACGCAGAAACAGUUGUGGGAUCAAUACUCUUCUUGUGAACAUUGGGCUAAGAUUGAGGUUCCAAAGGAUAAGGAAGAGCUUGCGACACUCCAAGCAAGGCUGAGAAAGCGGUUUCCAGUUGAUGAGUACAACAAAGCGCGAAGGGAAUUGGACCCUAACAAGAUCCUGUCUAAUGGCAUGGUUGAGAAGCUAUUCCCAUUAUCAGAAGCCAACUGAGACUCGUUCUUCUGCACUAGUGGCAAAGCACAUAUUCUCUUUUCAUUCCAAUGAAGCGUAAUGAAUGUAAUAUGUACUUGAUUCCUCUUGGUCAUUUCUUUGGUUUAGUGAAACCAUUUUGGAGGGAGCUAAGUGCAUCUUCUAGCUCCAGGAUAAGACUGGGUUUGAAUAUACAUUGAAGAAGUCCUGGGAUCAGAGGAAAGGUGUAAUUUGUUGCUUUUAGCAAAAUAAAACAAAGUUCACCAUGGAGUAUUUGAUGUUGACGUGCAAGGUGCAACAUCAGCGGCUGCGAUCCAUGGGUCUUCAAGAGCGGCCUUGGUGGCACACCUGACACCUCCAACAUCCACUUUGCACAAGUAUUGAAUUCAUGCCACUUGUCAGAUGGAUGGAUAAGUUCUAGUAGGUAAGCUCUGGUAGAAGCAUGAAAAUCAGACACUGCAUUACAUAUAUUUGCAUUUUGAAGUUCAUUUUCGCAAGUACUAUUGGCUAUUGGAUUCAAUAUGCUCUACAGAACACAAAUUUGUGGCUGAGGCAAAGAGAGUCUUUGCCAAAUGAAAUGCUACCUGUAACUCGUAAACAUUAACUAUUAAUCGACAGUUCGGGAA